UGAACAUUUUUGCCACACAUCAGCUCUGGUCCCAUUCAACCCUGGCAGAGAAACAAAAACUCAACAAAUUAACAAAUUUCCAAGGAAAAUCGUCAACAAUUUCGGGUAUCAAAUCAAAACACUUUCUAGACAACGAAUUUCACCCAAAUCCCAAGGCUACAGCACCUGCAUUUAUCACAGGCAACCAAAUUUAAUCGGGUUAAUUAGGUACUCCCCGGAUAAAAAAGUGAAAGUAACGGCGCUUCUGCGACCUUUGAUAGAAAUGGCACGCGGACACCAGAAGAUUCAGUCGCAGGCGAAGGCCUCCGAAAAGCAGGCCAAAAUAAAGAAGCAACAAGGACACAGUGCCAACGACCAGAAAAAGGCGGCUCAAAAGGCACUCGUCUUCGUGUGCGCCGUUUGCAAGUCGCAAAUGCCCGAUCCCAAGACUUAUAAGCAGCAUUUCGAGAAUAAGCACCCGAAGAACGACAUGCCCGAGGAGCUGAAAGAAGUCUGAUGACCAACUCUUCCGUGUGCAUAUAUAUCUAUAUCAAGCUGAAACAGAUCGACGAAUCGCCUACCAGUACGAAACCUUUGCAACAAAAACUCUAUGUCCGCCCGACAAAAAAUCAACAAUUAAGCCGUAAACAAAAGGGUGGAUAUAAGAUAUAAUAAAACUGCACUGCAAAGGUCCAGCUGAAUUUUUUAUAUACACACUGCUGUCUUUUGGUUUAUACAUUGAUUAAAUUACAUGACUUAAUGGCUACCACAAUACAAAGCAACCUACCACAUAGCAAAA